GUCGAGUGUAGUUGGCUGGCCAAGUUCAAAGUGUCCCAGUCGCGUGUUUCCUCGCCAUCGCGCAGCUGACAUUUGUAAAUUCCUCCAAUUCGAACAACUUCAUCCUUCAAGACGCCCGAGAAGAACAUUUCACCAGCGGCGCCCGUCAAACUCCUCGUAAGUAGUCAUGUUUUCCAAAGCCACUGCCAACUUCGUCCGCCAGGUUGACCCGGAGGGGAGCCUCAAACACGUGUCCCGCAUCAAUGACGCUCCCAAGCUGGUUCCGAUGGCUCUGAUGAUCAAACGCAACCGCUUCUGGUUCUGGCAGAGGACCAAAUACCAACCCACGGAUUUCCUCCUGAAGGACGUGCUGCAGGGGGACGAGGAUCUGACCGCCCGUGUGCACCAUUGUGAGUUCCUGACCUACGAGGGCAUCUUUGGGGACAAGCUCAAGGGCACACUAGAAGCCGAGGUGGGCUCUGUGGGCUUCGGCCUCCAGGGUCAAGGCACCUCCGAACUCCAAGCACAUUUCGGCAAGCUGAGGAAAGAGGAACUGGAUGUGAAGAAGUUGUUAAAGGACUCCAGUAACAGGCUGGUGGACAUGCAGCACACGCUGGUGCAGCAGCUGGAGAAGCGAGCUGAAGUUCUGGCCGUGGUCAAGCAGACAAUCUUCACCACCAACGCCUGCGCUGUCAAGCAGAUCAAAAAGGAGAGUUGUGCCAUGCGCGGCAUGGUGGGACUGAUGGGGGCGCUAGGGGGCUCCGUCAAGUUGUGUGUCAAGGACAUCAAUGAGAUCGAAGUGGACAGUGAUGUCGUCCUGGAGAUCCCCUCCGCUACAGUCAUCGCCUACAGCGUCCUGGAACUGGACAUUAAAAAGGACGGGACCUUUGAGAUAUGCCUCCAGCCCGGGAAGAUCGGGGGCUUUGAGGCCGAUAUGGUCAAGCCGUGGUCCUCCACUGACUCCCUGGAAGUGGACGGGAGGUGCGCGGGCCAGGACAUGCCGGAAGAAGCAGUCCAGCAAAACGGUUCUGACGUGGAGGAUCUUUCCGCACUGGCCGAGCUCCCUCAAUCCGCACGGCGUGCCUUGUUCUCCAAACUGCAGGACAUUUUGAGGGACGGCGCAGCUCUGUCCCCUCUGCAGCUUGUGCUGGAGGAAGUGUGCUUUGGUGAUCAAGCCGACGCGAUGCAGCUGGAGGAGCUCUGCCACGGCCAAACCAACUUGCUGUCGGACAUCCUGGAUCUUGUAGGCCACUCCGCUGCUCCUCUGAACGCAGCUCAUCUGUUGGUCAGUGCCCUGGAAGAGUUGCCCGAUGAAAGUCGAAGCCUCAUGGUCGACAGUCAGUAUGGAUUCUUCGAGGCCUUCAGUAGCUUGGUGUCCAUGCUGAGGCAGAGCAGCCUGCCGCUCCCCAUCCAGUCUCUUCCCAGUCUGCUGCAGAAAAAGCAAACUUUCCAGCACGCAGAGAAGCUGCUCAGCUCCACCGGUGUGACGCUGAGGAAGGACGGUGAGUUCCUGUGUGUGGAGGCGGGAGACAAAACUGAAGUGGACCUUUUGGUCCUCAGCCUGAGCGCCCAUGGACUGGCUCUGCUGUGCAGCGAGCAAAAAUAGGCUUUUCCAGCUCACUCUUUUUCUUCCUUUAUUGUAUUGCUUAUUGAGAUUUGUACUAUUUAUAUUCCUACAACAUGUUGUAUUGUUACUCGAAUCAUAUUAUAUAGGUUCCCUGGAGGUAAAACAUUUGAAGAAAGCACUUAGAAAUAUAUAUUUCUAUGAAAGUAUAUCAUAUAUAUUUUCUGGUUCAACGUGAAAGAGAGGGAGAAAAGUUUAUUUAUUUCUGAGGAUGGUCUGGUACUUGGAAUGCUGUGUGGAAAAUGAAGGCUUGUUCUUUGAGUGAUGCUACCAUGUUACGUCUUGACGUUUCAUGCCUGCUGGAAUUACACUACUGUAUUACAUUCAUACCAAAAGUAUGCUAAAACUUCUACCAGUUUAUUACCAAUACGGUAUUUUACUAUGACAGAAGCGUCUGUUUUUAUUAUUUUUUAGAGAGUUUUUUAAAUAACUACACAUAUUUAUCAGCUAUAAUGAAUAUAUCGUCAUUCCUAAAAGUACUUUACAGGUAUGUUAUAUUUGGGUUCUGAUAUGCAUGUGUUACAUAAACUAUCAUGUCACAGUGCGUGAAGCUGCCUUCAACACGUUCUCGCUUUGAAUGUUUUACUUUAUAGCAUAUCUCAAAA